AUGAUUGACCUGCUGGAUCCCCUGUUCACUGUCCGCAGCGAUAGCGACAAGGCUCUUCCUGGCAAGCAGAGAGAGACGCUGCGAAGAGGAUCUUGGGCUUGCUGCAUCGUGUGUGGUGCAGUUGCGAUGUGGGACAUCAUGCUACAUCCAGUGCAGGAAGGGGCCUUUGAUCUGCCUGGUGACUUGCACGGAUUGGAUGAUGGGCUGGCAGACUUGUGGGAUCAGAACACCAUGAUGCUCUUCAGAUGGAAGCCUGGUGAGGGCCGAGAUGAAGCAGCUUUGCUGUGGGCAGCUGCAGAGUCUUUGGAGGUUGAUGCGAUGCACCUCAAGAAGCAGGCACUGUUCGAGGAGCACAGACUACUGCUCUUCAAGUACGAUGCCGGAAAGGAUGGUGCUCAGCGCGCGGCCGCAUCGCCAGUUCACGCGAAGUGGAAGGAACAGAUCGCCAGCCCCAAGGGCCAGCUGGCCCAGAUCGUGGACACGAGCUUCCCCACGGCGCUGAAUGUGACUUUGUGUCUUCAUGCUCAUGCGCACACGGAGCUGGCCAAAGUGCAGGCCACAAAAGAGAAAAGUGCAGAGGCGGAGACGGCAGAGACCGCAGAGGCGGCGUCGGCAGCGGAACAUCCACUGCCGGCUGAGUUUGCCGAGAUUGUUGGUCCUUCGACUGAUGCGCGGGAUGCAUACAUGGCCGGCUGCAGCUGGUGGACAGACACCCUGGAUUCGUUUUACGGCCAUAAUUUCGAGGAGAAUGCAACUGACAUGGAAGCAGCUCAUUCCAGUGCAGAUGACGACGACAAAGCAGAGGGGGCUGACUUGGCCUGA